UGGGAGCGCAUAGUUGGUGGGACCGGUUGGGUGGCAUUUGAUUGGCGGAUACGAGGAGCGGUGUGUCGGUGAACAUUGACCGGAGGAAGAAAGGAUCAAAGCGUCGGCGGUGGGUUUUACGGAGCUUCAAAGGAUGGGCAACACCAACAGCGAGCGUGCAGCGCUGGAGCGCCAGGGGGCUCACAAGGCCUCCCGAAGAGACAGCACUGGCAGCGCUAUUAAGGAGCACGACCGUCCCAAGAUUUUGAUGGACAGUCCAGAAGAUGCAGACAUCUUUCACGCUGAGGAAAUCAAAGUACUGGGCCCAAUGGAGAAGGAUGAGUACCUUGCCUGGCAACAGGACCUGGAAGUGACUGACAAAAUUUCCAAGCAGGCUCGCCCGACUGUGUUUCGAUGGAAAGGGGGUGGGAAGGAAGUUUUUAUCUCUGGAUCCUUCAAUGGCUGGACCAACAAAAUCCCACUUACCAGAAGUCAGAAUAACUUUGUGGCGAUUCUGGAUCUCCCCGAGGGUGAGCAUCAGUACAAGUUCUAUGUGGAUGGUCAGUGGACUCACGAUUCAUCAGAGCCUACCACCACCAGCCAGCUCGGCACCAUCAACAAUGUUAUCCAGGUGCGGCAGACGGACUUCGAGGUGUUUGAUGCAUUGAUGGUGGAUUCGCAGAAAUGUUCAGACAUGUCGGAUCUGUCGAGCUCUCCCCCUGGCCCGUAUCACCAGGAUCCUUACGUGUACAAGCCAGAGGAGAGAAUUAAAACGCCACCUAUUCUGCCACCACACCUGCUCCAGGUCAUCCUGAACAAGGACACAGGCAUUUCAUGUGAUCCUGCCUUGCUUCCAGAGCCAAACCACGUCAUGUUGAACCACCUGUAUGCUCUGUCCAUCAAGGAUGGUGUCAUGGUAUUGAGCGCCACCCAUCGUUACAAGAAGAAGUACGUCACCACUCUUCUUUACAAGCCCAUAUGACCUGAAAAAGCGGCUCCGUUCUCCCCCUCCAAUCAGGAAGCUCCAUUUUCUUCAGCAGUCGCUCGCCAUUCGUCAAUCACUGUCCUGGACUAGCUCAGCAGGAUCUUGAUCUGAUUGAAUGGGGCAGUAACUGCGGGAGUCCGGGCGAUCCUGUCUGUGUCUGCACACCUACUUCCUGCUCCAGAAAGGGAAAUCUGGAAUCGGCUGCCAGAUAAAGUGCCUCUGAUUCUCCCUCAGACUGUCACAGGGGUUCCCAAAGCUAAUGAUGGGCUACACAGUCAUUCCUUGCUGUGACACCUCCAUUUCUAUUCCAUUCAUGUUAGAGUUUCUUCCCACUCUGUUGGGAGGAGAGUACUCUGUGCUCAUUUGUAACACAGGCUGGAAUCGCUGUGAGUUAAGCAAUCAUGGUGCUACGACAGGGUACACUCUCCAACCACACAGUGGGACAACAUCAUUUUCCAAUUACUUUCACCAAGGAAUCACUAUCAGGGGAAAGCUGAUAAAUAAAUGGAGCUCUGAUUAGAUCGGGGAAACCUGCACAAAUGUAAGUAAGGGAUCAAAAAAGCUCGAAAUUUAAUGUAAUUGAAAACUGGCUGGAAUUUCAGCCUGCUUUCUGUCUGUGCUCCACCAUAACUAUAUUCACUGAGCUGUACUCCACAGUGAUCAGUCUGCAGUCUGUACAGGCAGGGGCUGGCGUUCCGUGAUCUCCAUUCUGCCCCCGGUGUCGCAGGGACUGUACAGGUGCCUAUGGCAAAGUGGGGAUUUGGUGCUCUGGGAAUCACUCCUGCAACACUGCAGUAAUCUCAAUUUCUCACUGCAUUAAAGCUGCUGCAUUCACUGCAUCCUGCUGAACACUUCCAGCUACCGGAAGUUGCCAUAGAAUAGCAGCAGCCCUAUAAUCGUCUCUGGUUUAGUUUGUGCCCAUUGCAUAUUUUAGUUCUUUUUUUCCCACUCCUGCUGUGAGAUCUCACCCAAGGGACCAUUCAUCCUGUUUGACCCCAAAUAGCUGGGGUUAUCCCUCCCUGUUCGUAAACCCCAUUAAUUCCUGCAGGUCUGGCCCUGCCUCCUCAUAACCACACAGAUUCCAGUGGGCCUGCCCCUGCUUCCCCGUAAACUCCAUUGAUUCCAGCAGGCCUGACCCUUCUUUCUUGUAAAUCCCACUGAUCCCAGCCAGUCUGGCCCUGCCUUCUUGUAGUACACAGGUCCUAGCAGGCCUGUCUCUGCCUCCUAGUAAACCUUAUUGAUUCCAGCAGGCCUUACCCUGCCUCCUCAUAACCCCAUUGAUUCCAGCACGCCUGACCUGGCCUCCUCAUAAACCCCAUUGAUUCCAGCAGGCCUGACCUGGCCUCCUCAUAAACCCCAUUGAUUCCAGCAGGCCUGACCCGGCCUCCUCAUAAACCCCAUUGAUUCCAGCAGGCCUGACCUGGCCUCCUCAUAAACCCCAUUGAUUCCAGCAGGCCUGACCCGGCCUCCUCAUAAAUCCCAUUGAUUCCAGCAGGCCUGACCUGGCCUCCUCAUAAACCCCAUUUUGUGUCUAAGCCCGUUGUAUAUCCUAGGCUCUCCAUUACAGCCUGAAAGAUGUGAUGAAGACCUGGGCCUGGUUAUUUGGGUGCCCUGUGCAUCCUGUUUUACUAACUGAAGAAUUUGGAGAGAUCCAGGGAAAUCAAUUUCCUUGUAACAGCUAUGGUUUCAGCAAUUUUUUUUUUAAUGACUGCCAGAUUUUUCUCUCUCACAAGUCUCUGAAAUAUCAUGUACAUUGGAUUUUGUAUAGUUUGCCGGCUCAUUGACUGGACAGUUACGAAUGGUGCAUGAGAUUAUUUCUGUAUUUGUUGCACUCUAAUGGUAAUCGUGAACUUUUUAUUGGGAGCAAGUCACCAUGGAGUUCUUUGUUUGCGUGUGUCACCUGACAAUCAAUAAAUAUUCUGAUGACA